AUGUUUGUUCUCCUAUAUGUUAAUGAUAUUGUACUCACUGGCUCUGAUGCUAUAUUCCUCUAUGAUGUACAAUGCAUGUUCCACCACCAGUUUCAUAUUAAAGACCUUGGUCAGCUCAAAUAUUUUUUGGGAAUUGAGGUGGCUCGGUCUCAACAAGGCUUGUAUCUAUGUCAACACAAAUAUGUCCUUGAUAUUUUAGAUGAUUGCGGCUACACCGGCGCACGUCCUGCUGACACACCCAUGGAGCAAAACUUGAAGCUAUCUAAUGAUGAGGUUGCUGUUCUUGAUGAUGCUUCUUCUUAUCGUCGUUUAGUUGGACGAUUGAUAUAG